AGGAAGUUGCAUGAAGAGGUUGCAUGAAGAGGUUUGUGAGGUUUGCAAAGUUGUAAGAAUCUGAAAGGAAGAGGAAGUUACAGUUUCAGUGGUUCAUGCUGUACACAUCUAAAUCAAAUCAUACUCACGCUGCCAUGGAGGAGCUCGACAUGCUGUUGGAGGAGUUGGCUUCAAACGCCACGAAGAGCGACUCGGAUAAAAAGCUCACCCUGGACGUUUCUUCCGCGCAGCAGGACGUCGUUCUCAUCUCAAACACUGUCGUUCAGACCUCAGGGAUCGGCGUGACGUCGGGACAAAGCGCUGGCAAAAACGUCUACAGUCAGUUGCCUUCUCCGGUCUCGGCCGAGGUGAUGAGUCCGGGAACGGCCACUCGAGAGCUGGACUCCAUCAUGAACGAGCUGCUCGGGCUGAACCUGGAGGUCUUGGAUCAGCCAGCACUCAGUGAGAAGUCUGAAAAAGACAAAAAGCCAGAAGAAAAGAAAGAAGCCACAGGAAACAGUGCGCAGAAUGAUCCAGCAACGGAGAACAUGUCCAAGAACCUGUCCAAGAACAUCGACACCAUUGACAACCUGCUGGGAACGCUGAGCUCAGAUAUGGAGAAGAUGGGAGUGCACACUACGGCCAAGGGACACUGCGCUUCCUGUGGGAAGUGCAUCGCUGGGAAGAUGAUCACGGCUCUGGGGCAGGUGUGGCACCCCGAGCACUUUGUGUGUGUGGUGUGUAAAGAGGAACUCGGCAGUAAGGGGUUCUUCGAGCGGGACGGGAAUCCGUACUGCGAUGCCGACUACCAGAACCUGUACGCACCACGCUGUGCGUACUGCCAGGGCCCGAUUCUACAGAACAUCCUGACAGCGAUGGACCGCACGUGGCACCCAGAACAUUUCUUCUGCAAUCACUGUGGAGAACGAUUCGGGCCUGAGGGUUUUAUGGAGCGUGAGGGGAAGCCAUACUGCCCUAAAGAUUUUUACUUCCUGUUUGCUCCGAAGUGUUCGGGAUGCGGCGAGCCGGUCAGGGAGAACUACCUCUCAGCGGCGAACGGCACCUGGCACCCUGACUGCUUCGUCUGUGCUGACUGUCUGAAGCCGUUCACGGACGGCUGUUUCCUGGAGAUGGACGGUCGUCCCCUGUGUUCUCAGCACUACCACUCCAGGAUGGGGACGCUCUGCGCCACGUGUAACGAGCCCAUCACAGGCCGCUGCAUCUCCGCUCUGGGACGCCGUUUUCACCCCGAGCACUUCGUGUGCGCUUUCUGUCUGCGUCAGCUCUCUCAGGGAGUGUUUAAGGAGCAGGCUGGGAAACCUUACUGCAACGCCUGCCACACCAAACUCUUCCUGUAGAACCAGUUAUCCCUGAUCAGCCACGGUCCCGGACAAUUACAGGAAAAGAAGAAGAAGAAGAAGAAGAAGAAGAAGGAAAAUAGAGCACGAUACCGCAGGCUUAUUAAACCGAACAUAUUAUAAUCCACGUAGCCUAAAAAGCCUUUGUUCAUUUCUUGUGAUAAAUAAAUAAUAAAUCAUGAUCUGAAAAUCU